CCCAAGGAUCAUGGCAGACUCUCUGGGCCAGCUGUGCUAUCUCCCUCCUAAGGCUUCUUCACAAAAAGUCACAGAGCGUGGCAAAUGGGGCAGCAAAAAGGAGUUCAUUCUGUCGGUGGCUGGUGCUAUUAUUGGACUGGGAAAUGUGUGGAGAUUUCCAUAUCUGUGCUACAAAAAUGGUGGUGGUGCCUUCUUCAUUCCUUACAUCCUGUUCCUUGUGACCUGUGGUGUUCCUCUGUUCAUACUGGAGGUAUCCCUGGGCCAGUACACCAGUCAGGGAGGAAUCAUGUGCUGGAGAAUGGUCUGUCCCUUGUUGGAAGGCAUAGGAUACGCCAGCCAAAUUAUCAUUUUCUAUGGCUGUAUCAGCUACGUUGUGAUUUUAGCCUGGGCUUUUCUCUACUUGUUUGCCUCAUUCUCUGCUGAGCUGCCAUGGGCCACAUGCAAUAACACAUGGAAUACAGAUUCUUGUGUGGUAUUGAACAACUUUAACGCCACUGCUAACUGGACCUCGUCUGUGAAUGCAUCAUCGUCUAUACUAGAGUUUUGGCAACGACGAGUGCUGAAUAUCUCCACUGGCAUAGAGGCAUUGGGAAACAUACAGGGGGACCUUGCUUUGUACCUUUUUCUGGCCUGGGCCCUCUGCUACUUCUGCGUCUGGAAGGGAGUGAGAUCCACGGGAAAGGCUGCCUACUUCACAGCCACGUUCCCCUUCAUCAUGCUGGUGGUGCUGUUUAUCAGAGGAAUGACGCUUCCUGGAGCCAUCCAUGGCAUCAAGUACUACCUGUACCCCAAUCUCACACGGCUCGUUGAGCCACAGGUUUGGAUGGAUGCUGGAACCCAAAUAUUUUAUUCCUAUGCCAUUUGUCUGGGAUGCCUGACUACGCUUGGGAGCUACAACAAGUACAACAACAACUGUUACAGAGACUCCUUCUAUCUCUGCUUGUUAAACAGCGGGACCAGCUUUAUAUCUGGAUUUGCCAUUUUCUCAGUUUUGGGCUACAUGUCACAAAAACAGGGUGUCGACAUUGCUUCAGUUGCCGAUUCAGGCCCCGGCCUUGUGUUCAUAGUCUACCCACAAGCUGUGACCCUUCUGCCAUUUCCUCAAGCCUGGUCCGUCUGCUUCUUCGUCAUGAUCAUCUUGUUAGGAAUAGAUGGACAGUUUGUUGGGCUUGAAAGUCUCAUGACCUCUCUAUCAGACGUCUACCCAUCCCAGAUCCGAAAAGGAUAUCGCAGAGAGCUUCUUCUGCUGCUGAUCUGUGCUGUCUCCUAUAUGUUAGGCCUCGUUUUGGUGUCACAGGCUGGAGCAUACAUUCUGCAGAUAUUUGAUCACUAUGUAUGCAGUGGUCCCACUCUGCUUCUGAUGGCAAUCUUCCAGUCUGUGAUUAUUGGAUGGAUCUAUGGUGCUGACCGCUUCUGUGACAACAUUGAGGACAUGAUUGGGUAUAAACCUAUGUCCCUGUUAAAGUACUGCUGGAUGUAUGCCACGCCUCUUAUUUGCAGUGGCACACUUGUGUUUAUGCUCCUGAAAUACACCCCUCUGAAGUUCAACAACUCCUACGUGUAUCCUUGGUGGGCAUACUGGAUCGGCUGGUUCCUGGCCAUGUCAUCUCUCUCGAUGAUUCCUGUGACCAUGGUCUGCAAACUGGCCAAAGAAAAAGGAACUCUCUGGCAGCGUAUCAAUUCAUGCUCCCAACCUGCAGAUGAUCUUACAAUGAGGACAACGAGAAAUGCAAGCAUCAGCGCCUCCCUGCAAGCCCCUGAUGCUGGACAAAACAUCAAAGUGUAAUAAAAUGCCAUUUCUCUUUUAGUUUUAUAAUCUUUUUUUGUUGCAUUUCAAAAAUAUGUAGAGCAGAUUUUCUAUAUGUAUAUGGUGGUGUGUAUUGGUUUCCAGAUUUUUUUUAAAAGGGGAUCUAUCCGAAUACAGUAUACUAAAUGUCUAAUAUGUUUGAAUUGUUUCAGAUACUGAUUGUAUACUGUACUAAAUAGAGUUGCAAACUAUUUUCAAAAAUGUGCUUCUGAAAUAGGCCUACCUCAAAUCUUAAAAUACAAUAAUGUUCUGAAUGUUUCAGCCCAUUCACAACUUUUACAUUAUUGCCUUCUGUAAGUAGGGAAUUACUGUAGUUUAUUACUGUUCACAUCACAUUAUCAAAAUGAAUUUACUGAAACUUUGAAUUCAUUUUAAAUAAACAUCCAUCACAGUGAGCAAAAGGAUGGUUAAACGUAAAGUGCUGCCUAAAAUGUGAAAGUACGCAAGACACAAGAGUGCUGAAUAACAAGCAUGGUGCUUAUAAAGGGCCUUCCUCACUUCUAGUAAUUCCUUUACUAAAGUAGAUUUCAAAUAUUUCUCUAUAACAAUGUCUAGUGUAUAAGAUGAACACAAAAAACAAUGAUGUAAUCAAUGUUGUUGUAUUGUUGUAUUUAAAUUAAAAGAAAUUGGGAAACAGUUUAAAAAAAAAUUAACAUGUAAGAUAUUGCGUGAAUUUAGGAUAAGUAUCAGUGGCAAAAUAGACUCAACUCAGGGGUGCACUUGGUGUCUUUGUGAUAAAAUGUGCGGGAGUCUCUGAAGGUUCUGACGACAUUAACAUUAUCAGUAGUGCUGACAUUGAUUUAUCAGAAACAAGUCUCUUAGUUCUUACAUCUGUGAUGUGACCUUGACUACAGUAAAACAAACUCAUCUCAUUGACUACCUACAUUUUCUUUGAGAUUUAUACUGAUUUAAGAGAAAUUGAUGCUUUUCCCUGUCUGAUAUUUCAUAUAUUAAGCCAAAUAAAUAUACUUGUUCAUGCUGUUAAAAUAAGUGUUCAACUACUUGCUGCUUGAAUGUAUAAUGCA